UCAUUUUUUGCUUGCUGUUAGUUGUCCCCACGAUACGUAGAUGGCGGCGGUUACAACGAGGCCAAUUUUCUUGACUCGUGGGCUUCUAGGAAGCUUCGCUACCAGUUUUCAUACAUCUUGGAAGUUACAUGGGCACAGCGGUCAGUGGUUCACGAGACACAGGCCAGGGAAGUUGGCGUAGAAAUGGGUGGUGGUUGCGAAAGUUCAGCGGUGGACGCGCAUUGGCACGAGUGGUGUGUUGUUCCCGCCGGCGAGAACGUUGCGGCCUUAAACGUGCGAGAUGCUGUUUCGUCGCUGAGUGGCGACUGUCCCAGGUAUGACGUGCUCGGCGAGAUCGGCCACUACUCCGUGCGAGGUGAAAGGGAAGAGUUCGAGUACAUCGACGGCGCCGCUUUAAAGAGGUACCUGCUCACUCCGAUUCCGUGGGAAUCCAUGCUGAAUCUGAACACCGGAUACACGGAGGCAGUGCGGGUAAACUGGAUAACCGGUAAACUGGCGCCCACCGAAAGUCUACUCCGCUGGGUUCUUCUCAACAGAGACAAGGUGACGACGCGCUCUUCUAACGUGGAGGCACCGUCGUCGGGGCUAGAAACGAAGAGCAUGUCUACGGAUUUUAUCUGCAACCGGAGGUGUUUGAAAGAGCUUAUGUGCACGCCUUUCGAGGAGAAACUAGCCUGGCGGCUGGUGGCAUGCCGACACCAAGGCAUCGUGUACAUGCAUGACCAUCCUAUACAGGCUGAAGUUCAUAAAUAUCUCAAGGAGAGAGGCAACAAGAAGCUGGAGCGUAGGACGUACUGGGGAGUCAAGUUCCACCGCGGCAUGACCACAACCGACCCAGAGGUUGUUCCCGAUGAAGACGAGCUGGUCAGGGAAGGAGACACAUACAACGCCGUCCUCCGCGGCCAGCUUGGGUCGCACUCGUUGCUGAUGGCCACAGAAGUGAAAGCUGUGGACCCUUCUGUUAAAUGCGAGUCGGGUUCCACGGCUGGCUACGUGGAGUUUAAGACGAAUCGCGUAUUAUCUCCUCCUUGGCAUCGUUCCGACUUCUACAGGCACAAGCUGCUCAGCUGGUGGGCCCAGUCGCGCCUCGGAGGCGUCCCGAGGGCGCUGUGCGGUUUCCGCGAUGACGAAGGCUGGCUGAUGAAUAUCAAGGAGUUCGACGUCAUGACGAUGCCAGACAAGGCCGAGGGGCAGUGGUCAGAAGACGUCUGCAUGCAAUUCUGCGACCGGCUGCUUUCCUUUAUUAAAGAACACGUUGAAGGGGAUGACGGAAGGACUGUCUACUGCUUCGAGUAUGUGCCGUCAUCAUGCGAGGUUGUCUGCACGCGUCUGACAGAUCCCGGGAAGCUCUUUGCUUUGCCGGAUUGGUUUCUGGAGGCGUUCGAAGGCUGCUGAAGUGUUCACUCCAGCUCCGAGUCGCCGCACCCGACAUGAUGCAUUUGAUAGUAGCAGCCCUUACGAAACAUUUACAUCUUCCGGAGAAAAAACUUUAUUGUGCCCUUAUAGUUCAUAACAGCUUACCGUAACUUUGCUGCUCGUAACGCUGGCUUCUUGUGAUUUCUCACAAAAUUAGAUAUUUUUCUGUGUAAUUUAUUUUUCUUUAAUAUAUAUAUAUA